AUGCUACACGCAAGGCCUUCCUGGGAAGUCACAAUCCUACUGAAGUCUUGCAGAAAAUCUGUAUUGACAGAGACAAUGGAGGGUCUAAUGUUCCAAAAAGACACUUUGGGAAAUGCUUCUGACAAGCCACAAAGCAACCGCAACCUCCCGCUGUCCUCCUCUCUCCUCUUUCUUCCUUCCUUUUUUUACUUCCUCCCUUUGCCGUCGAGUCGAUUCCAACGCACAGCGACCCUACAGGGCAGAGUAGAACUGCCCAUAGGGUUUCCCAGGAGCGGCUGCUGGAUUCAAACUGGUGACCGUUUGAUCAGCUGCCAAGCUCCUAACCACUGUGCCACCAAGGCUCUCAUCUUGGGCACAACUGUCCAGAAACGAACAGGGAAUGAACCUCAGAGACUACAACACCCAGAAUGUAAAGCGGCGCUGGGCCGCCCAGGAACACGGCACGUCGCCACUUGGCAUGCUGGGAGUGGUAGUUUUCAGCCGGCCUCUCUUUCCCCGUCCUUGAGACCUUCCAAAUCGGAGCUAGCCGAUGGCGCCUGGCAAAAUCCACCGGCGCUGCCACUGUCAUCUCAGUUCCGAAGUCCGACAUGGGGAUGCGCCUCGGACGCCCUAGGCCCAGUCUCCGCGUCCCUUCCUGUCAGGACGGCGCUACCCACCUCAUCAGCAGCCCCAGGGCGCGCGCUCCUCCGCCAGCUCCGGGACGGACGCGCAUCCCGUUACCACGGAAACGGCGCUUCCUGCGUC